ACAGCUGAGCAGUGAAAGAACCACCAACGACGAAUCGUUUGUAUGUGUUUGUGUUCAACCUCCAUCUGUCAACCUUAUGGCCGGCUUUGUUGUCAUACGCGUUCUCCUGUUCGUCAGCCGUGCAUCCCUUCAGUUGCAUCAGCUCCAGUGUCCAGUGUAAAUCCAGUGUAGAAAAGAUCCUCCGGAAUGCCUGCGCUAAUGCCCGAAUCCGACUCGGAGGACGAGCUUCCACCGGCAUGGGAAGAACGGGCCACCAGCGAUGGUUUCGUGUACUACGUCAACCACCAAAGCAAAAGCACCCAGUGGAGGCAUCCGCGUACCGGUAAGAUGAAGCGCGUGUCGGGCGAACUGCCGCUCGGUUGGACGCGCCACGUCGAGGAGGAAACGGGGAAGGUGAUUUUUGUGGAGGAAAAAACGCAACGCAAAUCGUACACCGAUCCGCGGCUCGCCUUUGCGAUCGAGGAAGUGCCGGAACAGGUGGGCGAACUGCGCCAACGGUUCGACAGCGGUACGAACGCGCUGCAAGUACUGCACGGGCGUGAUUUGAACGGGAUGGUGGCGCUCAUUACCGGCGCAAACACUGGCAUCGGCUUUGAGACGGCCCGCUCCCUAGCGCUGCACGGUUGUAGCGUUGUGUUCGCUUGCCGGGAUGAAAAAGCGACCAUGGUUGCGAUCGAGCGGAUCCGCUCGGAGAAGGAAGCGGCCGGACAGCGGUGCAGCUUUGUGUCGCUAGAUUUGGCCAGCCUUCGUUCGACGAAGCGGGCGGCGGAAGAGGUGAAAAAGCGCCACAAGCACAUCAAUAUGCUGAUACUGAAUGCGGGCGUCUUUGCCCUCCCGCAUUCCGUCACGGAGGACGGGUUCGAGCGUACGUUCCAGGUGAACCAUCUGGCCCACUUCUACCUGACGAAUCUGCUGUCGGAGCUGUACGACCAUACGACGCGUAUCGUGGUGGUUUCGUCCGAAUCGCACCGCAUGAGUACGCUACCGGCCGGUGGGCUGAGCGAGUCGGACCUCUGCCCACCGCAGCACAAGUUUUGGAGCAUGAUUGCGUACAACAAUUCCAAGCUGUGCAACGUCCUGUUUGCGAUGGAGCUGGCCAAGCGCUGGAAACCGCGAGGCAUCUCGGUUUUUGUGCUCCAUCCAGGCAAUAUGGUUUCGUCGGCUCUUUCCCGAAACUGGUGGUUCUAUCGGUUCCUGUUUGGAUUGGUUCGUCCGUUCACCAAGUCGCUGCAACAAGCGGCCAGUACCACUGUUUACUGUGCAACUGCCUAUGAAUUGACCGGCUUGACCGCACUUUACUUUAACAACUGUUACGUAUGCGACCCAUCCGGUGCAUCCAAGAACGAGCAGCUGCAGCAAAGCUUGUGGGAGCUGAGCGACAAGAUGAUCCAGCGUGUGAUGGGCGCGGAGGCUGAUGCAAAAUAAGAAGGUAAAUUUGCAUCUAAAACAUUACCAAUCCGAUUGAAACUGCGACUGUACUCAAAUACAUCCCAAUUUAUUGUGCAACACGCAAUCGAGACGCA